AUGAGGGUCCUGGAGAGCAGCAAGCUGAGCCUCCCGGAUGGGCAGAGCAAGGGCUGGCAGCUGGCGCAGGACGGCUGCGUGCAGGAUUUGGGGAGCAGGUGCAUUAGCCCCCUUAACCAUGGGUCAAGGCUUUACCUGCAGCAGGGACUCGCCUCUGGGGACUCCUCGGUGUCCUGUAACAUAGAGGAGCUCCAAUGUCCCCUAGGGCCACCUCCAAGCGUGGAGCCUCUGACUCACAAUCAGCAAGCUCUGGUUGUGUCUCCAGGGCCAGAUAUGUUCUGCGACUUCAACGGCAAGAAGUACAGCCCGGGUGACAGCUGGCACCCCUACCUGGAGCCGCAGGGGCUGAUGUACUGCAUCCGCUGCAGCUGCUCCGAGAACGCCAACAUCAGGUGCUACCGGAUCCAGUGCCCGGCUCUGCAGUGUGCCAGCCCCGUGACGGACCCCCAGCAGUGCUGCCCACGGUGUCUCGAGCCACAUUCCCCUUCUGGCCUCCGGGCACCCGUCAAGUCCUGUCAGUACAACGGGACAACCUACCAGCAAGGCGAGAUGUUCACCACCAGUGAGCUCUUUCCCAGCCGCCAACCAAACCAGUGUGUGCAGUGCAGCUGCUCUGAAGGCCAGAUUUACUGUGGCUUGGUGACCUGCCCGGAGCUGUUGUGCUCCUCUCCCCUAACCGUGCCGGAUUCCUGCUGCCAGGUCUGCAAAGAUGGCUCAUAUGAGAAGUCCACAGAAGAGGAACCCCUGCAGUUAAACAGAGGUGUUAGGCACUCGCAAGACCAGUGCUUGGGGGAAGCGAUGGGCAAGAAGCCACCUGGAGCCACGGCGUCCACUGUUCUCACCUCCUCCCUGGAGUUCAUUCCCAGGAGCUUCAAACCCAAGGGAGGAGGUGGCACCACUGUGAAGAUUGUCUUGAAAGAGAAGCACAAGAAAGCUUGUGUUUACAAUGGGAAGACCUACUCCCACGGGGAAGUGUGGCACCCCGUCUUCCGGCUGUACGGCCUCCUGCCCUGCAUCCUCUGCACUUGUAGGGACGGUGUGCAGGACUGCCAGAAGAUCAUGUGCCCCAAGGAAUAUCCGUGUGACUAUCCAGAGAAAGUGGAUGGGAAAUGCUGUAAAAUAUGUCCAGAAACCAGAGUCAAACCCACCGAUGAAAUAAUCACCGCCCGGUGUGGCAAGAACCCCAACCGCGUCCUCGUGUACAUGUUUGUGCCGCCGAGCUCGGAGACGUCCAAGGAGAUCCUCAGGACAAUCGCGAUUGAGAAGGAGCCUGCGGAAGAGGUGGAAAUCUACAACUGGAAGCUGAUUAAAGGAAUAUUUCAUCUGAUACAGACCAAGAAAAUCAGCAAACAAGAAUUCAAGCAAGAAGCACAGAACUUCAGGCUGAUCACCAGGACGAACGAAGGUCACUGGAACAUUUUCCGAGCCCAGACGUCAGAGCUGAGGAUGACAGAGAGCCCAGAGAAAGAAACAAAGAACUUGUAAGGAAAAAGAAAACAAAACAAAACAAAACAAAACCCAACCAACAAACUUUAACCUAGCUAUCGAUUUAUCUACACACACACACACACAUACACAUAUAUAGGAAAAAAAAAAAAGUUGCAUUAUUAAAUAGACUGGCACAGCAAUAAAGGAUACACUAGUGUAAACGACAGAAACUCCAGCAAAUGAACCAACCUGAACCGCGUUGGAGGUGCCGCUCCCCAGCCGGAGAGCGCGAGAGGCCACCCGUUGUCUCCUGCAACCGAAGGUGUCGGGGUGCAGUGGGGGAGAGGCGAGGCCUGGGGCGACGUGAAGAGGUGGGGUACACCCCUGACACCCUGGCCUUUCUGCAGAGCACCGGGAGCAAGCAGUAAAGCAGAACACCACCAUGCUUUUUACCAACCGCCGGCGUAAAGGUGACCUGCAAGGAGA